UAUUUUCUUUUAAAGAACAGAGAGAUUCGUUGGCUGACAACUCCUUUGCUCCGGCGAACAAAGUCUGGUUCGCGGCGGCCGAGGUGGCGGAGCGGUGAAGCCGGUGGCGGGUGGCCGUUGUCGUCAUGCGAAGCCUAUCUCCGGCGAAUCCUUCCGUUUUACCGGAGACGAAUCGCGUAGAGGAGUCGGAGAAAUAACUGCGAUGAUCGCCUCCGUUUUUGUUCGAGGUCCAUAAUUUUUCCUCUCAGAUUCAGUUCUCGGAUCCGGUGAAGAUUCUGCCGCGGAUCUUAUUUCACUGUUCGUCUUUGAUCGAGAGAGACCUGUACUUCGAGGCGAUACCCUUCCUUUUUGUCCUUCAGAUCCGUCUCAUCGAGGGAAGGGACAGUGGGCGAGAGCUUGAUAUGCUGAAAGGAGAUGUCCUUGAAAAGCAUCCUUCGAGAGCUGAAGGAGGUGAGGGAUGGAAUAGGAAGCAUCUCAAGGCGUAGCCGAGCAAAGUCCCACAUUGCUCCCGAUCAAACCGGGCCACCAUCGGAAACUAUCCCGCAGAGCCCUUGGGCUUCUGUGCCACCUGAAUUGCUCUUUGACAUAAUCCGGAGGGUAGAAGAGAGCGAGACUGCUUGGCCUGCUCGAGCAGCUGUGGUCUCUUGUGCUUCUGUUUGUAGAUCAUGGAGACAAAUCACCAAGGAGAUCGUGAGAAUUCCAGAGCAUUGCGGAAGGCUCACUUUUCCAAUCUCGUUGAAACAGCCGGGGCCUCGAGACACUCCCAUUCAGUGCUUUAUUAAGAGGGACAGAGCAACAUCUACAUAUCUGCUUUUCUAUGGCUUGAUGCCUUCUGAGAGUGAAAACGACAAACUGUUGUUAGCGGCAAGAAGGAUUAGAAGGGCGACGUGCACAGAUUUCAUAAUCUCCCUUUCUACAAGUAACUUUUCACGGACCAGCAGCACAUAUGUUGGUAAACUAAGGUCUGGUUUUCUGGGAACCAAGUUCACCAUAUUUGACAGCCAAAUACCAUCCACAGCACGAAUCCAACCGAGCAAUCAUCUGAACCGACGAAUUCAUCCCAAGCAAGCAUCCCCCAAGAUACCCGUAUUUAACUACACUGUAGGAACCAUAACCUACGAGCUCAAUGUUCUUCGCACAAGGGGGCCAAGGAGAAUGCAUUGUGUAAUGGAUUCUAUACCCCUCUCUUCUAUUAUCGCUGAAUCAUCUGUUCAAACCAUAGAAGACCAAGCCUCUUCCUCACCUAUGCCGAAAGGAGAAACCAGCUUAACGGGCAGUGGAGAGACACCCGUGAUUUCUCCAAGCUUGAUAGACCAGAAGCAGCUGGUUCUCAAGAACAAAUCCCCGAGAUGGCACGAGCAAUUGCAGUGUUGGUGCCUCAACUUCAAAGGGAGGGUUACGGUUGCUUCGGUCAAGAAUUUCCAGCUUGUGGCAGAUAUCGACCCGUCUUUGGAUGUGCCAGCCGAAGAACAUGAGAGGGUGAUCUUACAGUUUGGGAAGAUCGGGAAGGACAUUUUCACCAUGGAUUAUCGUUACCCUCUUUCGACAUUUCAAGCCUUUGCCAUAUGCAUCAGCAGCUUUGAUACCAAACCGGCUUGUGAAGGGUGAGAGAUCAUUGAAAGCUCUUUCUGAUUUUCUGAGGUGUUGAAAUUGAGCAAAUACAAAAGAGAUCCUUGUCUGUAGAUUGUUGUAGCUCACUGUUGACUUGUGCCUUAACUUAGCUCUCCUGUUCUCAGAACCCUGCAACUUAUUUAUGCCCUUUUGUUCUUCAUUUUGACAAAAGUUCAUGGGGAGCUUUUAGUGGAUAAGAGACCAACCAGAUUAUCAUGUUGUAUCA